CUGAAAGUUCUGAGCUCACUAGGAUUACUGCACAUUACUUAUAGCAACAUGUGUUAAGCUGAAGAUGGAUUGUAAAACUUCACAUAUGAAAGUGCUUUAUCCAACAUAGCAUUUGAUGUUUUUUUGUUUUGUUUUUUAUGAAGACCAGAAGUUUUUUAUUAUAGGAAGUAUCAUCUAUAGUCAUCUUGCUGCAAUGCCUCAAAGCCACAAUAGAAACCCAAGUCCUGUGCCUGAUGUGAACUGGGAUUCUGGACUUAAGGAAAUGAAUGAAACCUGGAAAGGAGCUCUUGCCUGUAUAGGAGUAGCAUUUUUUUUCAUUAUGACAAUAGGAAUUAUUUACUGGCAGGUGGUGGACCAACCUAACAAAAACUGGAUCCUAAAAGGAACAUUCAGUGGACUUAUAUGGGAGAGAAAUACUCACUCACUUAUCUUGCAGACACUGAGUGAAAAUAAAACUUAUGUGGAAAUCGACGUUGAACCUUUUCCUGAUAUGGAACAACCUUUUGUUAAGAAUUUGUGCUGGCUGAACAAGACUGAAUUUUGUUACACAUGGGGAUCCACUACAGAUCUUAAAAUUUCUUUACAGCCUAGUUUCUCAGCUGGUACUGAGUGCUACAGCAUACGCUGGACUCCAAUACACUGUGAAGUCAAACACCGGGAUUGCUUUUCAAUGACAAACAUAUCAUGGUACGGAGGAGCAAGUCUCAGUGCUCAACACUGGCCCAUUAAUAAUGUGAAUAUGGCUCUACAGCCGUUUGUGAUCAGCAACCUGAAAUAUAGUCCGAAGCGCUUUGGAUCCGUUUUGGAGAGAUAUUUUCUGGGAUCAACUGGCGUAUCAAUAUUGAUCGAUCCAGAUAUUCCAGUGUCCAUUUCCAUAGAGAGGAAUAAAUUUAUCUGCGUGGAGACUCCCUCAAGUAUAGAGAUGACUCCACUACAGUAUACAGUGUGCAUAGGACAAACCAUCCAGACCGUGCACGAGGAAAUAGGAAGCCAGCUUUAUGGGAAGCAGAGGAGGCUUCCAAACAUUGAUAUACUUGGGAUGCCACUAUGGAGACAUUACGGAGUUUCUGAUUCUGCAGCGAAACUUGAAAGAGAGUUAAGAUCGUUCCACAAUAAACUUAAGCGGCAUGGCUUUGGGGAGGGCCUGAUUGCUGUCAAUGAACAUUCCACAAUAUUACUUUCAACCAAGGACCAAAUGCCAAUCAUGAGCCAACGCGUGGGUACACAAAGAUACAGAAGGGCUGCUCAUCUCAAGAAUUUGAAACUUAUAAUUACCACCUCCCCGUAUACCAGCAUCAAUUCCGAGCAGUUUCAGUUAUAUUUGCGAGGAGGAAAAGAAAAUUACUGGAUCAGCCUUCAUUCAAAGUCAGAAGGAUCACUGGCACCAAUUCUUACAAAAUGGAAGGGCCAAUUUUCUGUGAGAUUAAACAUAACAAAUGAUGCUGCAGUGAACUGGUAUUUAAAUUCCCUGAGCAGCUUAAAAAAUAAACUUGGAGCAGAAUAUAUUAUGUUUGAGGGACUUGAAGGAAAUACAUUUGUGGAACAAUCAUUUAGGACAACCAAAUGUUUGGAGGGGGAGAAUUACACUGGAUUUCUUGCAGCCUUGGCUGUGAAGCUUGGCAACUCAACAAUAAUUACUGCAAGUACAAGAUCAAACUAUUUGCCAAUAUUUGUUCAAAUGAGCCCUCUGCAUUCAGACUGGAGCUACAGCGGCCUUAAAGGCAUUGUUCCUUCAGUUCUUCAUUACAGCUUAUUAGGAUAUAAUUUUUUCAUUCCAGAUGCUGUAGGAGGAACAUUCGCAGAUGAGUUUUUAACAGAUGAAGAACUGUUUAUCCGCUGGUUGCAAAUUGUAACUUUCCUUCCAGUGAUGACCUUUAACACUCCUCCCUGGGUUUGCUGUGAUGAUUUGGUUUUGAACCUCACAAGACUAUAUAUAAAGAAGCAUCAGGACACUGUUGUCCCCCUGCUAACAAAAUAUACAGAGCAGUGGCUAAAUGUGGGGAAUCCAAUCUACAGACCGAUGUGGUGGAUCAGUCCAAAUGACCCAAUGGCGUUUACAGUAGAUGACCAAUUUCUUAUAGGAGAUGAGAUGCUGGUAGCACCAAUUACUGAGCAAGGUCAAGUUCACAGAGACAUUUUCCUUCCUGGAGUUGGUUAUAAGUGGAUGGACACAAAGACUACUGAAGUAUUUGAUGGAGGAACCGUAUUAAAACGCUAUCACUGCAGCCUACUGGAAAUUCCAGUUUUUAUAAAGAAAGCUUCAUAGGUUUAAACUGUUAUUACCAUGACUAGAUGAUAUCACUUCUGAGAAGACUGUUACUAUAGAGGUGUCUCUUGUUUAGAGAUAACUGCACUUUCCGUCUAUACUGCGCUUGUAAUACUGUUUAUUGUCUUAUAAUGUUCUUGCCUGGGAGUUUGGCGCAUCUGUAUCAACGUUAGAUGCCAUUUGCUCUUACAGGACAAACAACGCUGCUGCAUAGACAUGAGUAUAUUGGUUUGCCAGUUCAUAGUUUGCAAUCAGUGAGCCAAAGAGGAGAUUUGGUUGGUUCUACUAUUGUUCUCAAUUUUGUUUUUUAAUAGAUAUUAAAGGGACAGUCUACACUAAAAUUGUUAUUGUUUAAAAAGAUAGAUAACGCCUUUUCUACCAAUUCCCCAGCUUUGCACAAACAACAUUGUUAUAUUAAUAUACUUUAUAACAUUUAAACCUAUAAUUUUUUGCCUGUUUCUAAGCCUCUACAGACGACCUCUUAUCACAUGCUUUUGUAUUUGCUUUUCACAACAGAAGACUACGUGUUCAUGUGGGCCAUAACAUUAUGCUCAUGCCUGGGGAGUUAUUUAAGCUUUAUCACAACACAGUACUAAAUGCAAGGCAAUAUAUAAUAAAUAAAUAGUCAUGUGAUAAGGGGGCGGUCUGCAGAGGCUUAGAUACAAGGUAAUCACAGAGGUAAAAAGUAUAUUAAUAUAACUGUUUUGUUUAUGCAAAAUUGGGGAAUGGGUAAUAAAGGGAUUAUCUAUCUUUUUAAACUUAAAACUGUCCCCUUAAAGUCAAGACAUUUUUUUAUCACACAGUAUUUAAACAUGGUAAAAAAAUAUAUAUAUUUGCAUUAAUAUUAAAGGGACAGUAAACAUUAGUUACAUUUUAGUACAGAUGAAAAGAUUGAUCAUAUCUGGUUUUAUAUUCUAGCAACAUCAUAUAACUGCAAGAUCUGUAGAAAAAAAAUGGUUUUAAAUGUCUCCAUAGAACUCUCCUUAGACUUCCUCCAAAGUCACUAGUUUUUUUCUUACAAAGCUUCAAAAUGCAAUUACCCUGCCCUCUUCUGAAUCCUCUGAAGUGUAACCUGUCUGACUGGCUUCAUGGGGGGAUAGAGGUAUAUAGAGCAUGCAAACCAGGCAUGGGGCAGCCAGAGCAGUGUUUAAUGGGGGUAGUUUAAAAAGCUAUUUUAAUUUUCAGAUCUUGCAGCUAUAGUCUUUGCAUAUGUAAUGCAAAUAAAUUUACAUUUAUUGUCCCUUUAAAUAAAAGCUGUUUAUUAGGAUUUAGUAACUAAAAUAGAGUACAUAACCGGUCCAUAGGAUAGCAGCUAACUAGCUAAUAAGGAAACUGCCAUAGCUCCCCUCAAAAAUUAAAACAAUUUGAUUAAUUCCCAUUUUGUAGCUACUACAAAGAAAACUAUUUAACAACCAUUUUAGUUAUUAAAAUAUAAUAAAUACAUAUGUUUUCCUAUUAA